AUGCCUUUCGGGGAUUACCGCUUCAACGGAGGCCUCAGGCCCGAGGGCUCGCCCUCUCCGGACGAGCACCACAAGUGGGCGCGCAACCUGGCCGAGUGGCACGGCAUGAGCGAGUACUACAAGCUCGCAAAGCGCGACGUGCUCAAACACGGAAUCCUCAAUUACUGGGACAUCGAAAUGGCCUUGACGAGCCCCGAGAAGGUGAUCGACCGCAUCAUCCGCGGCGUCGAGAAGUCGUCCCUGGUGUCCGGCCUGUUCCUGGCCGGGACGAUGAAGCUCCUGAUUCAGCCGCCCGCGGUCAUCGCGGCCCUGUCGUCGAGCAGCGGGUGGAGGAACCUGUUCCUCAUCGCACUCAGUGCCGCCGUCAUACUCCACGUCAUGGUCAUAGGCCACGGCUUCGUCUUCGUGUACGCGCUCUGCUCCUGCCAACGCGAGGUCGACUGGAUGUUCUUCCUGAGGAAGUACGGCUUCAUGACGAGCAUGGUGUACUCGCUGCACGCCACCGGCAACCUGCUCAUCGCGCUCGCGCUCGGGACCGCCAUGACUCAGGCGUACGAGGAGGCCGCGGGCAUCGUGUUCAUCGUGUUCGCGAUGAUCCUGUGCGGCGUCGUGCCGCUCGCGCUCAGCGUGCCUCUUCAGAACGCCGCGGGGGGCGUGCGCACCGACAAAACCACUAGUUCGAAGCUGUCCGUUUAUAUCCUGGAAUACUAUCUGCGGCCCCUCGCGGAGGACGACGAGAAGUACGCCGCGAAGAACAUGCGCGACGCGCUCCUCAAGGUCGGGCAGAACGAGCCGGACCUGAUGCGGCUGUGCACGGAGACGGCCGUCGCGUGA